AUGGCAGAAUCGGAAUGGACGACGGAUCGGAACGACGACCUUGCGGAUGAUGCCACGUGGGUUCUCACCAGUAGCUUCGUAAUCCUGACCAUGCAAAGUGGCUUCGCGAUGCUGGAGAUGGGAUCUGCGACGAAAGGCCACGAAGUAAACAUCCUCAUCAAGAAUGUCUAUGACGUGGUCUUCGGUGCCCUGGCCUAUUAUCUUCUGGGAUAUGGCAUCUCCUAUGGGGCUCCGUCGAACUCGUUUAUGGGACUGGGCGAGUUUAUCCUGGAUAUUUCGAAACAGGACGCCGUGGACUCGGGUCUGUGGUUCAGCGGCUUUCUGUUUCACUUCAGCUUUGCGGCAACCUCCACAACCAUUGUCAGCGGAUGUCUUGCCAUGCGUUGUCGCUUCGUGGUGUAUUGCCUGUACGCCUUCUACGCUGUGCUGAUCUACUCCUUUGUGGCACAUUGGGUGUGGUCUGAAAACGGCUGGCUGGCGAAGUUAGGCGUCCAUGACUUCGCCGGGAGUGGGCCAGUGCACUUACUAGGCGCUGCCAACGGCUUGAUCGGGAUUCUUGCGCUGGGACCGCGCCAUGGACGCUUCGAUGGCACCAGGCCCGCUGAAGACUUCAGGCCUUCCUCCCCUACCAGCAUCUCGUCGAAGCCAUGGAUGAACUUUAACAACUACUGA